UCCAGAGUUUAUGCUUCUGUUGUUUAAGCCAGUGGAUUGAACCUAAGGGGAGGCGUGUUGGCUGCCCUAAAACUGGCUUUGAUGACAUGAUGAUGAUGAUGAAGCUAAAAGCCUUCCUUCCCUGUUGCUGUGUCGCCAGGCACUGCUGCAAGGAGCCGCCGGGAGCUCCAGGGUGAAGAGACCUGCCUCCCCUGGGAGACCUCUGCUAAAGGUGAAGACCUCCAAGCAGACCAGGCAGAUUUAGCAGGAGCUCAGGAUUUUUACAUCAAGACCAGUGACGUGACCAAGAGAUCGGCCAUUGUCAGGAGCGGGGACAGGAGCUGACCUGCAGCACGAGCAGCGCCCUUCACUUCGGCUGCCUCCCUCUGCUCUCACAGCCGAUCCAGCUUUCGGCACAGGAUGAGAAUGUUUGCAAAGCCAGUGCUCAGCUGCACAGAGAGCUGUGGUACACAGCCCUGUCCUGGGGCGAUCCUACCUGAAGCUGCUCUCGUCUAACAGAGCCCCCUGCAGCAUUACAGCCUACCAUUCAGAGCCUGGACAAGAGCUUGGCCUUGCACUUUUACAGAUCGCUGCCUGUAGCGGAGCACAAAGGGAGCGGCGAGACUCCCACGUCUUUCAGCGAGAAGAAAGGAGGCAGCGGAGCAGACUAACGCGGGCUUGCGUCUGGUGGCCUGGCGGUACAAAGGCUGCCUUUAAAAGAGAAGCGCAGCGUUAUUUAAUGAGCUGUGAGAUGAGGAGGCGCUGCUGCUAACGCUCAGAUCCCGGGAUUCAUCGGCUAUUCAUUGUGCUUAAUGUACAUGUUUCUACACCGUGCAUUUAGGAGAUCCCAGAGAAGAAUCCAAAACGGCUGCGGGGGAAAGACCACCAAACAUGCCUACAGAAACACUACCGACAGGUAGCAUGGUGAAGCCGGUCAGCCCUGCCGUGACUUUCACAUCCGCCGUCCCUCUCCGCAUCCUGAACAAAGGACCAGACUACUUUCGCAGGCAGGCGGAGCCUAACCCCAAGAGACUGAGCGCGGUGGAGAGGCUGGAAGCCGACAAGGCCAAGUACGUCAAAAGCCAGGAGGUCAUCAACGCCAAGCAGGAGCCCGUGAAGCCGGCGGUGCUGGUGAAGCCGCCGGUUUGUCCCGCGGCCAAGCGAGCGCUGGGGAGCCCCACCUUGAAAGUCUUCAGCAACAAUGCCAAGACCGAGAGCGGCGUCCAGAGAGAAAACCUGAAGCUGGAGAUUUUGAAGAACAUCAUCAACAGCUCCGAGGGCUCCAGCUCCGGUUCAGGGCACAAGCACGGUCCCCGAAACUGGCCUCCCCACAGAGCCGAUUCGACGGAACUGAACCGACACUCGUUCGCCGAGUCUCUGAAGGUUUACCCCACGCAGGGCCGCAGCAGCCCGCAGGAGAGCAGCUCCAACGUCAGCAGAAGGCUCCUAGAUCAGUCGGCAGAGACUUUCUUGCAUGUCUCUCACAGCUCCUCAGACAUUAGGAAAGUAACUAGCGCAAAGCCCUUAAAAGCAAUACCCUGCAGUAGUUCAGCCCCACCUCUUCCUCCAAAACCCAAAAUCGCUGCCAUUGCCACCCUGAAGUCCCCAGAGAUCGAGGCAGUCGAGACUGGAUGCGGAGUUAGUAGAAGACCCUCCCUGCAGCGGUCAAAAUCAGACUUAAGCGACAGAUACUUUCGUGUCGACGCAGACGUUGAACGAUUCUUUAACUACUGCGGACUGGAUCCUGAAGAGCUUGAAAACCUUGGGAUGGAAAACUUUGCAAGGGCUAACUCUGAUAUUAUAUCCCUCAACUUUCGCAGUGCAAGCAUGAUUAGCUCAGACUGUGAACAGUCUCAGGACAGCAACAGUGACCUUAGAAACGAUGACAGUGCCAAUGACCGUGUGCCAUAUGGUAUUUCUGCAAUUGAAAGGAAUGCCAGAAUCAUCAAGUGGUUAUAUAGCAUCAAGCAAGCUAGAGAGUCACAGAAAGUGUCCCAUGUGUGAGAGAAAAUCCACAGUAGAAAAAGCAAGGACUGUAUCUUUGUCUGUGAAUAUUCAGUUGUGAAGGGUUGUGAAGUCUACUUGAAGUCUUGUACACUUCUCAAAUCUCUUUGUGUUGCUUGUUGUGCAAUGUUUCCAAGUUGCAUGCCUGUCAACAUGUGAACUGACCUGGCUUCCACUUGAACAAUAACCAACUGCAAAGCCUGGCUAAGCAUACACAUUAUCUGCCAAAAGUUUAAGACAAGAAUCUAAUUAGGGCUUCAGUAUAAUCAAAGUGUUUACAUGGAAAGGU